CGCCCCCACCUCCACCGCCACGCUCCUCCCUCCGUCCGCCGGCCGCGACCCGCGACUAAAAAAUCGCCCAAAGCCUUUCUUUUUCGUGGAUCCCUUCCACGGAAUCCCGCCGCGGUAAGCAACCAAACCAGGCACAGCUAGCCCCCCUCAGUUCCAUUCCUUAAUUGCUAAUGGCGACCGGCAGCGCCAGUGCGGACUUCGCGCGGUCGCCUUGGGAUAAACUCCGAGACAAGGAAGGCAUCCGGACCCGCCGCCUUAAUAUCCUCGUCCUCCCCAGUGGCUUUGGUCCCGCGGGUUGUGUGGAUGGGCUGUCCAAGGUUAAGGGUGUUAACUUGGGAGGAUGGCUGGUGGUUGAAGGGUGGAUUAAGCCAUCACUUUUUGAUGGGAUUCCCAAUGGUGACAUGCUUGAUGGGACACAGGUGCAGCUCCGCUCAGUUGUAUUGAAUAAGUAUAUUAGUGUGGCCAAUGGGGGUGGCUCAAAUGUGACCGUGGACCGUGAUGUGGCCUCAACAUGGGAGACAUUCAGGCUUUGGAGGGUGUCAGAAAACGAGUUUCAGCUUCGAUGCCUUGGAGGUCAAUUUUUGUCAUCAGACAGUGAAGAUGGUCUGAUCUUGGCAACUGCAAAGGAACCGCUGUCGAGUGAGACUUUCUACAUCGAAAGGAAUGAUGGAAGGGUUCAUAUCAAACCUUUGAAUGGAGGCUAUGUGCAAGCAACAAACGAUCACCUGCUUAUUUCCACUUAUCAAUUCCAACCAGGAUGGGAUAAUAAUUUAGCGACAUUUGAAUUGGUGAUUGUUGCCAAUAACUUGCAUGGGGACUACCAGCUUGCCAACGGUUAUGGUUAUGAGAAGGCGAAGAUGGUCUUAGAAGAGCACAGAAGAAGUUUCAUUACAGCAGGUGACUUUGAUUUCCUAUCUCAACAUGGAAUUAAUACUGUGAGAAUUCCUGUCGGAUGGUGGAUAACACAAGAUCCUUAUCCACCUUCUCCCUUUAUUGGAGGAUCUUUGGCAGCCCUGGACCAAGCAUUCUCAUGGGCAAAAUAUUAUGGUUUGAAAUGCAUAAUCGACCUUCAUGCUGCUCCUGGUUCUCAAAAUGGAAUGGAACAUAGUGCAAGCAGGGAUGGUUCUGUGGACUGGCCCUCACCUGAAUAUAUCACGCAAACACUGGAAGUUAUUGACUUCAUGAGUACAAGGUAUGGAGGCCAUCCUUCCCUUUUGGGCAUUGAGCUUCUGAAUGAACCUUCUGCAGCUACAGUUCCUUUAGAUGUUCUAGUGUCCUACUAUAUGAGGGGCUACCAAAUUGUACGAAACCAUUCAUCAACUGCAUAUGUUAUUUUCUGCCAAAGAAUCGGGAAUGCAGACCCAAUGGAACUCUUUCAAGCUGCUGUUGGUAUUUCAAAUGUUGUAGUUGAUUUACAUUAUUACAACUUGUUCGAUCCAAACUUUGCCAGCAUGACUUCCACUCAGAAUAUUGACUUUAUUUACAAGAUGAGAGCACCACAAUUACAAUAUCUGAAGAGCUCAAAUGGGCCUCUUGUCUUCGUCGGUGAAUGGGUUAAUGAAUGGGACGUGCAAAAUGCAUCUCAGAGUGAAUAUCAGAUGUUCGGCAGAGCACAGUUGGAUGUUUAUGAGAAUGCCUCCUUUGGUUGGUCAUAUUGGACACUGAAAAAUGACAGGAUGCAUUGGGACUUCGAGUGGAAUAUUCAGAAUAAAUACCUUUUAUUCAGUGGUUCAUCAUUGCUGAAGACGCCAGGCUUCCUACUCCUGCUAGCACUAGGAUGGGGAACUUACACGAUCAUCAUACCAAGAUAACCUGGAAGGUCCCACAGGACGUGUCGCACGUCCCCUCCCCAUGCAUUCUCUCAUUGGCUGGCAAAAUAUCCAUGUGGUCAGCGUGCCGGAAGAUUUUUUUCGUCUUGUCAAGUACACUUUGGACGGUGUCAUUGUGUUUGGAUGCUCGAAUUUCUAGCGUGGUUCAGUAGAUAUAUAUAAUUUUAGGGAGAAAUAUGUUGGGAGAAACAUGUUUACUUGCUCUUUUCUACUAUUUUAGUUUGAUCCGAUAGAUGUAAAUAUAUGAUUUUAUCCUAGCUCAGGAGUUUAGCUUAUUUAAGCUUUAUUCUGUAGUCUGGCUUGAUAGAUGUA